UAAAGGGCAAUCAGGAUUUAGUAAAAAUACUUCAGAAAAGACAAAUGUCGAAGAAGAUUCUAUCUAGAGGUAAAAAGAACGGAAACCUCACAUUCUUGAAUCGGAACAAAGCUAUGUCAAGGCUUGAUUUGGAGUCAAACCAUGGAUCAGAAUUAUGCCUAAAGGACAUCACUCCGAGGGAUAAUAGGUAUGGGACUCCGCUGGCUAGGUACACUGAUCAGAAUUUUCCUAGUCCUGCCUUUAAAGUUAAAAAUGAUAAAUUAGAAAGAAGUUGCAGCAAGUUUUCAAAGAAGAAGGAUAGUAAGAACGAUCUCCCACCGCUCCAUUCAACUUGUGAAAAACCCAAAGAUGUUAAAGCAAGUCAGCCGAAGAUCAAUUUGAAAUCGUUUUCAAGUUUCAAAAAUUUUUCAACUAAUGAAGGAUAUCCUGUCUCAGAUACUGGGAGUAAGAUAAAUGAGAGGUAUGAUGAUUCUAAGCAAAAGAGGGUAAUAAAAGAGGACAGAACAUCUACAGCAACACCAUAUAAUAAUAAAAAUAGAGAAGCAAAGACCAGGAGUGUGAAGAUUCUGCUUCCUCCCUCCAGGAAAUAACAGCCAGAAUUCACAAUGAAGUUCAUUUUCGAAGCUAAAGAAGGCUAACCUCCCUCAUAUUUCUAUGCAGAGUGAUUCCAAUCUGACUCUUAAGGAAGGGCUUCUGGAGAAAGAUCUGCAGGAAGACAACAUUACCAUGCUGAAAGAUCUGAUGAAUAAAGAAUUAGUCAAAUCUGAAAAAGAAAUCGAAUCUUUCCAAAAGGAGUUUGAUAAUCUCGUCGAAAGCUGAAGGUAUACUAUCAUCCAGAAAUAUAAGAAGUUAGCAUGUGAGAUAUCUAAGAACAUUCUGAACCAAGAUCCUGAAGUUCUGAUUAACUCGAACAAGCAUGAAAGUAAUGACUCUGCAGAGUUGAUCAACAGAUUGAGUGCUUGUAUCCAAAGCUGUCAGAGGGACAGCAAUAAUUUUGAGUACAAGUUCAACUUCUUUAAAUAACCGGUUGAUUUCUCUCUACAAUACGGUGUUAUACAAAAUGCCCAAUAUUGAUAUUAAUAACUAUCUGAGCAAUCUUGCCGAAGAACGGUGAAAAGAUGAUUUAAGGGAGAUGCUCCAAUCGAUGACAGGAGUAAUAUUCGAGAACUCAGUCCCUUUGUUAGAGGACAACACACAGCUGAGUCUGUCUAAACAAGACUCCAUGGUCAACUCGUUAAAGCUGUCUCAGAUACUUAAAUCGAAGGAAGAGAAAUCUCGCUUUGUUGAUAAAAUUUUGAUUGAAAAUAACUAUGAAAAGAUAACACCGCUUUGGGGGAAAAUGAUAGAAGAGAGCGAUGAUAUUUCAGCAGAGGAAUUCCAUCAGCACUGAGAUAAGAAGGGCCCCAUUCUCCUUUUGGUAAAGACCAAGGAUGGCUGCAUCUUCGGAGGUGUUUCACCACAAGGAUUCGACGCGAUUAAUAAUUAUUCAGGGUCUGAAUAUGCAUUCCUAUUUUCAUAUGCAAUUCCAACAGGGAGAGAGCCAAUAAUCUGAAAAGUUAAACCAGAAAUGGCUUCUUAUGCUGUAAAAAAUAAUGAAGCAAAGUACAGCCCUGGGUUCGGUCAGUCUAACAGGAGCGACCUAUUUAUUAGUUUUAGGCGGCUUUCAAAAAGCUAUAGCCAUCUUGGUAUUGUCUACGAUUUUCCUCAAGAUAUUGUCAAAAAUUAUGAAGAGUACAACACUCCUGAAACGUUCUUGGCUGGUUCUCCGACAGGCUGGUCUAUUGAAAAUGUUGAAGUAUUUUCCAUCGAGGUUUAG